GAAAUUAGUGAGGUUAUGUGUUCAUUGUUUUGUUUUUUAAGUGAAGUGUAAAUUAUACAUUCUCGUGGCUCCUGAGUCACGUGUGAUAAUGUUCUUGUCCAAAAUGUGAUAAUUAAAUGGGUAGAUCUGUUACAAAAUUUAUGUUACAUUUUCAGGUAUGACUCUUAAUGAAAUCAAUUAUCAACAGAUAUGAUAGGCCAAAAUCGCAAAUAAAAAAUGACAACCUUGAAAUCAAAACAAUCUGAGAAAAAGGGUGCAUCAACAGCUCACUAUCUCAGUGAAAGUGGCUCGGAUUCAGAAUCUGUUUCACAAGCCUCAUCUUGUAAGGCAAAUAGUAAACCAUUAAUUCAGUCACCAAGCGCUGAACAGAACAAAAGUAAAAAGAAAAAAGCACAAAAAAAUUCAUCUGACCCUGAUGAUGGCUGCAUCAUUACUGGUGAGACCAUUUUACUAGACGAGGCCACUCUCUCUCAGCCUACAGGUAAUCAAAAGUCUAGUCGUAAGCGGAAAAGAAUAGAAGAUGUUACUGGGCCUCCAUCCGAUUGUGAAAUUACCGGAGAAACCAUCCUACUUCAAGAAACAUCCCCUGCUCCGAAACCACCUAAGUCGAAAAAAAGGAAAUUCCAAGAGGCUGAAUCAUCCCACAAAACUAGAGUGUCAGCUAAAGAGCCAGUUGCAGGACCGUCCGGAACAAACGUUCAACCCUCUGUACCAGAAACCAGAGACAGGCCGCAUAAUACUUCAGUCACAGAGGGGGACCUUGACAGCUCAGAGCAAACGUACUUUAUUGAUCCACAGGAGGCAGCUCUCCUUUAUGAAGAUAUAACGGAGAAUGAUGAGAUUUGGGUGAUCCAAUGCCCUAAAUUUGUAAACCCUGAGCUUCUGAUCGGAAACAGCUUUAAUUUAUCCAAAAAAUCAGCAGUAAAGUGCAAGAAAAACGAUGGUUCAAACAUACAAUUAGACUCAUAUCCAGUAAACGCCAAUGCUGAAUCAAGUAAAAUUAAUCUCCUUCUACCGAGUCAAGAGGAAGAAAUUUUAAAAAUAAAGGUUGCCAACCUGCAGGGAAAGUUGAUUUUGACGGAACAGGUGGAAGUUCCAGAAAUUGAUUAUGAAGCUCUGCGGAACUCGCAACCAGAGGAAAUUUCCUUUCCCAGCAAUUUAAAAGUUCGGCAUCCGUUACUAGGACUUGAUAUUCCAAAAGGCCGCAGUGUAAGCUUGAAGCAGAAAAAACUGGAAGCAGAAAAACUAAAUGCAUCUUCACGUAUGAAUUCAUCUGCAGCAACGUAUGACUUACUACCAUCUCAAGAAUGUUUUUUAAGUCUGUCCUCUGCAAAUACAACAGCACCCUCAGGUUUCACCUCAUUAUCAGAGGCUCAUUAUGAUGAGCUUGAUAUGCAAACAGACUCUCAGGCGCAACAUGCAGAAAUUCAUAGUAAAUCAAAGAAGAAAAAGCGAAAACAUGCAGAGAUAUUAACAAAUGAUAUUGAAAUCAAAACUGAAUGGCCUCCAAGUGAGAAUGAAAAUCUGGUUUCUAGUUCUCAAGAAAACUGUGAGUCCCCUGUCAAAGAUUACUCUGGUAGUUCUCAAAAUCCAUGUGUUGAUCAAUUUGCUGGUGCAGCUACUGUGACUGUAGAAGGAAACUCACCAAUUAGCUCUAAGAAAAAGAAGAAGAAACGUAAAGAAACCAAUACAGAUGAGACGGAUACUUCACAUUUGGAACUGAAAGAUGAGCCAAGAGACUCAAUUGAACUAAAUGAAACUCAAGCGGAGGAGCUACACUCAAGUUCAAAAAAGAAGAAGAAGAAAAGGAAAGAAGUGAUUCCAGAUGAAGAGGACUCGAAUUUGAUGGGAGAUUUAUCUUUUGAAUUGAAAAAUGAGCCCAGAGAUCCACUCGAAGUGCAAGAAAAUAUAGAUGAGUCCCUCGUUAAAUCAAAAAAGAAAAAGAAAAAGCACAGAGAAAACAUUUCCAACGGUGCCGAAAAUUUUGACACUGAAUUCAAGCAAGAGCCGGUUGAUCCUCUAGACACAAAUCAAGAUUACACUAGCGACAAUUAUCAAGCUGUAUCCACAAGCAAGAAAAAAAAGAAGCACAGGGAGCAUGUGGAAUCAGAAACCGUGGAAAAAGAUAUUAAGACUGAGCCUGCAGACCCUCUGGCACUAGAUAUGGAUCCUCCAAUCCACGAGUCGCCCUCUUUAUCCAAAAAGAAGAGGAAAAGACACGAGGGAAUAAUGUUGAGUGACUCAACAAUUUUACCGGUAGUUUGUAAAAGUGAAUGGGACUCCCAAGAAUCAUCGUUCGAAGAUGCUGAUGUUACGUCUCAUCAAUCAAAAAAGAAAAGUAAAAGGCGGAGUAAAAAAAUGGACGAUGGUGGAUUCCCGAUUAUCCCUGAUGAGAAUCAGUGUGAUAGAUCUCUAAAUGAUUCAAACUGUGAUCCAAACGAUGAGUCUAACCACAAAAUUAAAAAGAAGAAAAAACAUUCUAGAGCCUCUGCUGAUAUUAAUGAAAUUUCUUACAAUCCUACAGAAUUCUCUGAUGAAACUGCUGCUUCAAGUCUAGCUAAUUCAGGGAAAUCAAAAAAGAAAAAAAGGAAAAGUCAUUUAGAUGUGAGUGAAGAUAGACUCUUGCAUCCCAGUUCAAUAAAAGUUGAAACGAUUGACCUUUCUGAAAAUGAAGCAGAAUUUUCUUUCAGCUUAUUUGGUGCGGCCGAUUCAAACCAUCGACUAAGUUUCAUGGAUACUUUAGCUAAUAAUUAUGAAUUUGGUAUUUCUGAUAGAGCCAAAUCCAAAAGUAAGAAAAGAAGCUUGUAAAUGACCAAGAUGAAUGUUAAGAAACCCCUGUUUUGCUUUGUUUCACAAAUGCUCAUCUAUGAAUUUACAAAUGUUUGCCGUAGGCUGAUUAGCUAAGUUAAGUUUAUAUCUAGUUCCUUAGUUAGCCUGGAUUGAACUCAAGCCAAAUCUGAUCUGAGGCAGUAACACGUUGACUCUUUUUUGUAUCAAACUAGUGUUUAAACUAGUAGUGGAGGAGUAUGAAUUAUUGUUGCUGAAGGUUUUCUGUUUAAUGGAACAUAGAGCACUGUACCCUCAUGGUAUUCCAACUAUCAUGAUUUUGUUUUACAUACUUGAUGUGAUGCCUUGUUAAUUCGUGAAUUUUUUUUUGAAGAAGUGAUUUAUUAAUUUUA